UAUUGCUUUCAAAUGUUAUGAUGAUACCAUUUGUGAUACCAGUUUUAUAUAUAUAUAUAUAGAUAUGGAUAUACUGUCGUGUCCUCGCGACGAUUGAGAAAUGUGGAGAAGUGGGUUAACUUAACACGGACCACAACACUGGCACGAUCGGGCCAAAAUUGUAGUAAACUUGGCACAGAUUCUCCGGCAGCCUAUGUUAACAGCCCUUUCCCCUUAAUUUGGCAAAUGAACUCUAUGUGGACUGUUGACAGCUCUGUAGGACAAGCACGAACACACACACACACACUCUCUCACACACACACAUAUUGCUGCAAGUAACAGUGUUUAACUUCCAGGCUUGUAACAUUAGUAUUACUAUGUUACGACAUCCACUUAGCGGAGUUGUGAGUGUUUAAACACUGUGUUUUUUUUUUUUUAAAAAUAAGUUAUCUAGAGGCGUUCAGGUGAAGCAGAGUUAUUAGGGAUUAAAACAAACAAUCAUCUGUAAAGUGACUAAACGUAAUGUGUCAGUGUUUCAAGCUACAGUCCAUGCAGUUAAUUAUUAUCUUCAGUUGAGAGUCUUCAAAAUAUUUUUUUUUUUAAAAAAUCCCAUAAAAUGUGCCCUCUGCCUUACAUAGUCUGUCUUGUUAUUAUUUAUUUUAGAAACUUUUAAGGUAAGCAAAUAAACUGAUGAGCACAUGUUGUUUCCUUGCUAGAAUGUGACUGACAAGCUUUAAAACCAAAACAAAACCAAAAAAAUAUAUAUCUAAAAGUUUGUUUUUAGUGAGAUGACACAGACCGAGUUGAAUGAUAAGAACUGGAAAAGCAGCAUGGAGCUCAGGAGGGUGAAGGGGGGAACUUUUGCUUUUCCAUUUCUAUGUGACCGAGUCUGAGGUCCAAAGUCCCCGAAGCUAAUAAAAAAUGGAGGGGGGGGUAAAUGAAUUGUACGCUGUGUUUUCAGAUAGCCGAGGAGGAGAAGAAGGUGCUGGAUGGUGGAUCGGGGUUGUGUGUUUGGAGUAGGAGGAGGAGUGUGACUGUGUAAUUACGUGGGUGAAAAAAAAAAAGGAAAAAAGUUGGGUCUGAUUUGCUGGAAUCGCGCAGGACCGAAGGUGCACCGGUCGAUUUCAUAUCAAGUUUGGUUAAAGCAGGGGUGAACAUCACACACUCGACGCCCUCUGAAGCUUCCCACAAUGCUUUCAUGAACGACAUAUCACAGCACAGAGACGCGCGCAAAGAAAAAGCCCAUGUAGUAGAAGGAGGACGCAGCAAAGCCCGUUCGCACCGGUUCUAUGACUACAACCUCCAAGUGCUCGCUGUGUCAACUUUAAACUAUAGCGCGUAAAAUCUCUGAGGUUUUUUUGUUGUUGUUGUUGUUGUUGUUGGCAUCUGCGGAAGACGACAAUCUUUGGAUCGCAAAAAAAAAAAAAUAAUUCAUGGAUGUUCUUGGAUAAUCUCUUAUCGUUUUACGCGGAUUGCUGCUCCACAGUCUCGCACGGUGCACAUCGGUCCAGGAAUGGCGCGAUAAAGUGAUCAGAGGAACCAGUCCAAGUACAUUCACUUACCGUGUAGCCGUCUCGUCAUGUAUUCUCCGAUUUGUCUCACUCAGGAUGAAUUUCAUCCCUUCAUCGAGGCACUUCUUCCUCACGUCCGUGCCAUUGCCUACACGUGGUUCAACCUCCAGGCCAGAAAACGCAAGUACUUCAAGAAGCACGAGAAGCGGAUGUCCAAGGACGAGGAGCGUGCGGUGAAGGAUGAGCUUCUGAGCGAGAAGCCCGAGGUCAAGCAGAAAUGGGCAUCCAGGCUGCUGGCCAAACUGCGUAAGGACAUUCGACAGGAGUACCGUGAGGACUUUGUCCUCAGCGUGACGGGCAAGAAGCACCCAUGCUGCGUGCUAUCCAACCCGGACCAGAAGGGCAAGAUCCGUCGGAUCGACUGUUUGAGGCAGGCCGACAAAGUUUGGCGUCUGGACCUGGUGAUGGUCAUCCUCUUCAAAGGCAUCCCUCUGGAAAGUACAGACGGGGAACGCCUUGUCAAGUCUCCACAUUGCACCAACCCAGCACUUUGUGUCCAGCCACACCACAUAACAGUAUCGGUCAAGGAGCUGGACUUGUUUCUAGCAUACUAUGUCCAGGACCAAGACUCGCAGCAGUCAGGAAGUCCCAGUAACAAUGAGCCAGGCAAGAACCCUCUUCCAGUCUACUUGGAAGACAGCUUCAUCAAAUCAGGAGUCUUCAGUGUUACAGAACUGGUGCGAGUGUCCAGAAUGCCCAUCACCCACGGUGCAGCGGUAAAUUUCUCCAUGGCCGACAUGCCCAGUCAACCCUACUAUCACGACCUGAACUCCGGCGUGGGGCUGCAUCGCUCCCUGUCUUCCCCUCCCGGCAGCAAAAGGCCCAAAACCGUCAACAUGGACGAGAACAUGGACACCAGCCCGACAGGACCUGACUUCUACUCGUCACCCAGCUCACCCGCUAGCAGUCGGGCCAACUGGCACGAUAGAGACGGAGACAUGUCCUCUCCUACCAUGAAGAAGCCAGAGAAGCCGCUGUUCAGCCCCACCUCCCCACAGGACUCGUCACCACGACUCAGCACUUUCCCUCAGCCUCAUCACCCAGGUCUAACAGGUGUAGGACACAGUGUUAUAUCGACGAGGAGCCCUCCUCCGCACUCGCCCCUGCAGUUCUCGGCCUCUGCCAUUUUGCCUCCGGCACCGUCACCCUACUUUUCGCACACCACCAUCCGCUACCCGCCACACCUCAACCCCGCUGAGCCCCUCAAGAGCUACGUGCCGUCAUACGACCCGUCCAGCCCACAGAGCAGUCAGCCUAAUAGCAGUGGCCAGGUGGUAGGAAAAGUCCCAGGCCACUUCACCCCAGUUCUGGCUCCCUCCCCACACCAUGGCGCCGUGCGACCCGUCUCGCUCUCCAUGCCCGACACCAAGCCCAUCACCACAUCCACAGAAGGCUACUCAGCCCCUGGCACCCCGACGGCUAACCGUUUUGUAGGCCUGAGCCCGAGAGAUCCCGCUUUCCUCCACCAGCAACAGCUGAGGAAGUGUGACUGGAGCGUGACUCAAAACGGCAGGCAUUAUGGCCCCAGUGCCACUGACGACACUUUGGGGAUUACUUGGCAAAGUCCUGGUACCUGGGCGAGCUUAGUUCCAUUCCAAGUGUCGAACGGGACUCCGAUUCUGCCAACAAAUGUCCACCAGAACUACAGCAUAAACAUCAUUGGUGAGCCCCUGGUCCCCGCUGAGACAGGGAACUGAACACAAAAGGCCGGAUGACCCCCCGCCCCAGGGUGGAUGGGUGUUGGUGGUGCAGAGCUAGCACUACAGGUGUCCGCAGCCAUGGAUGAAACCAGCAAAGCAGCAGGAGCUGCACAAUCGUCUCCCCACCCACCCACUCCCUUGCCCAUCCCUCCCUCCAUCCUGAUCUCAUCCCUUCCAGGUCCCACCCUACUCCCGUCCCUCCCCAUGAAGGACACUGGCCAUGAAGUGAAGACAAGGGUUGAUUUGGUGGAUAGAAAAAAGAUAAUGCUUCAGGUCUGCUGUCUCCUCGCCCAAGCCCAGCCCAGACAUGCACCAACCACCAGUCAGUUGUUGUGUUUGCAGAACUUUUCAAUCCAGUCAAAUACUGUGAUGUAUAGAUGCCUUAAUGUUUUAUUGCAUGACACUCUAGUCUCUUAGUGGCAAUUCCUACUAUUUUUCCAUGUUGAGGGGAAAAUUUAAAAUCUUGAUUUACACACACACACACACACACACACACACUCACACACACUCUCUAUCUCUCUCACUCAAGUGAAGAGGUCUGCGUAUCGACAACCUCUGCCUGGUGGAUGGCUCUGAGACUCCAAGCUCUUCGACUCAGACCUCUUGAAAAGAGGCUUUCCCACGUCAAAAGAUUCACUGUGUACACCAUAGGAACAAAAAUUGUGAAUUCAGAGUGUUUCUUCUUCCGUUUGAUUUCAGUUUACUGUGAUAUGACUCUUUGUUCAGAAAAUGUGUUGACUUUGCUUAUUCUUUACUGCUACUUACUUCAAGAAUUAACGUAAACACUUACGGUGAGGGUUGAGAACUCUCGACACAGUUUUCAAAAAACGCUAAAUGUUAGGCUUGAGAUUGGACCCCUCAUUUAAGAAUUUGCAACUCCUUUCCAAAAGGAAUAUAAAAAAGAUGGAGAAUAAGAAAAUCUCGAUAGAGGCAAGUGCAAUUGAAUUUUUGAAGGGAAGCUAUCAGUCUGUCAGCCCUAAGACUCUAAAGGAAGGGGGAUAAAUAUUAAAUGGUUUUAUGGGUAAAAUGUUUAAGAAAACAUUUGAAUUUGAUUACAGUCACUUAUCUCCUCACAUGAGAAAAACAUCAAGUGUGAAAGGCAGUUGAAGGCAAGCACUAAGCUACCUGUGCAGCGCUGAGCAAAACCAGCACUUCUUUUGAGCCCUUCCCAUAAUUAUGGGGAGUUUUUCUUUUUAAUUUAUUUUUGGGGAAAAAAAAUAACCGAACAUAAGCAAAGAAAUGAAACACACGUGGUGUGUUAAAAUGCCAUUUCUUUUUUUUUUUUCUUUUUUUUUAAUGUUCACGAUGAGAUCAAGAGCAUAUGCAUUUGGCCAUCAGCUUCUAAAGCUUAUGUUUACAAAAAAAAAAAAAGAAUUAUGGAAUGCAAAGUGUUAAUUCAUGGAAAUGUACAAUUCAUGCAAAUGUACAGUAGGCUUAUCUGUAAAACUAGUUUGUGCAAGGUUAACUCUACAGUGGAAAAGGUUGAAAACUGAAAUUAUGAAUCCAGGUGGUGGCAAAUCCCUGAAAUCUAGAAUUGUGCACGGCAUGUUCACAGCCAUUGCCUCUCCUGUCCAGACAUAUUUAUACAACGAAAAUCUCUCCAAUACUCUUAAUUUGCACGAUGACAUAUAGUCCACAUUACGUGCCUUGCCUUUGAAUAUAGAGACAUCACUACACUUGUUUUUGCUGCAUUUAUCAUUAUAGAAAAAAAAUUAACAUUUUUAUGAUAAGAAUUGUUUUGUACUCUGAAUGAAAUUGUUGAUUUUUAACUUCAUGUACUACUCUAUCUCACAGUUACAUUGCAUAUCAAGGCUGUGUAUAGUUGCUGUUUUAAAAUUUGUAAUCAACCAGCAUUUUUUUUUUUUUCAGUAUUUUGGUGGUUUUUUUCUAAUAACCUGUCAUCUUUUGUUUUCCUUAUUCUUCAAUGCUCAUUUUGUUCAUCUUCCAGUUACUAUUGUGGAGGGUGGAAUUCAGAAUUAUGAAAAUUAUGCAAUACCAAGUUUUGCCUAUGUAGGUAGUGCUUAUAGAUGCGUCAAUUAUUAGAGGCUAGUUUGGAGAUAGACAAUAUUGUAAUGCAUUUAUUUUGUUGAUAUCGUUGUUUGUCGUUGUUGUUGUUGUUGAUGAUGUUGUUGUUGUUGUGGGUGUUUUCCUUUUUUUAUUGACCAAAGUUGGGGACUGCUUUCUAUGCAGUGUAUGACAAGGUCUUUUUCUUUCUUUCUUUAGCAUUUAGGCCUACCGAAUGACGGUGAGACGUGUUCCAGUGUAUUUUGAAUUUGGGAGUUUUAGGGGGAGGGGCGGUAUUUUUCUAGAAGAACUUAUAAAAAACAAAUGCACCCUUGGUCUUUCUACGGCUGCAAAGUCACUGAUUGGUCUACUGUGACUCUUACUUUCAACUUUCCACCUGGGGUGCUAGCGUGUGACCUUGAAGGAGCUCAUUUUUCACAGGAGAGACAGCUUGACUUGAGUAUGACAAUCAUUUUAAGGAAUCAUUUCGCCUAGAAUCCCACCCUGUCGUAGAUCCCUUAAAGCUGCAGCUGAAUACUGAUAGCGUUGCAUGCUUUUGUCGAACCCCACGCCGUACUAUUCUAGACUUCACCGAAUGCAAUUCCCAAGUAGAUGCCUUAAACACAUCAGUGAAGUGGCCUGUGACCUGCGCAACAAUCACACACCGACUAAUGCUCGUGAGACCUGUCCAAAUCAGUUGCAGACAGGCUCAAGCAAGCCUUUAGAAAGUAUUUUAUAAGUAGUAGAUUUGUAUAAAUGUAUAUACUAUAUGCACAUAUGUCAAUUCCUGAAACACAUGCCCCAGCAGAGCCCGUAGAGUGUGUUAAAGUAAAUACUGGACAGCAGAGGUAUGAUGUUAUCUAACUUCCUGUCCAGUGGCCCCGUAGAAGCUUAAAUAGAAUCCACUAGAAGAAAAAUAUAGCACUUAAAUAGCACAUAGGCAAUCGUCUUCUCCCCCACAUACAGUGUUUUGAAUCUAGUCUUAAACUAAAUCUCUCAGGCGUAUUACAGGGCAUUAUUGUUAUCAAUCAUUCUCUUACCAUUUUUUUAUUUAAAAAAAAUAAAUAAAAGAAUAAAGACUCUCCUAGAGAGAGCAGCGCCUCCUGCUGCUGUGACACCUUUUGCACUCUUUCCCUUCAAUCGUGAAAGAAAUGUUUCCCUCGGAGAGAUGGCACUGCAGGGAGCUCUCCGGCGUUAGCAGAGGGCUAAGAAGCAGAAAGCGUUUUUUUUGUUUGUUUGUUUUGGGAUUUUUUUUUUUGUGUUGUUGUUGUUGUUGUUUUUUUUUAAAUAAUCCUCAAGUCAAGCUCAAUCUCUCCGUCUCCACCACCCACUAAACUGAAAAAAGUCACCCCGUUCUAUGUGCACUGUUUUGUCUUCUUCUUUUUUUCUUGGGUUUUAUUCUUUUUUUUCUUCUUUUAAAAGAAAAACUAUAAGUGCUUUGCAGCCUUUGGCCAUUGGAGACCCCACUGAAGUGCAUUGUCCCCAAGUGUGUGUGUGUGUGUUUGUUUGCAUGCGUGCGUGCGUGUGUGUGUGUGUGUGUGUGUGUGUGUGUGUGAUAUUAAAAAAUGUGUCAGGGUCACUGUGCUGUUGGUGUUUAUUUGAAUAGGCGACUGUACAUAAAGGCAAAUAUCCUGAUUGCGUCGAUAGCAGUAGUCUGUGGGGUUGAACUCUGCUUUGGCAGCUUGGGUUUUCGUGUGCAUGCACGUGUGUGUGUGUGUGUGUGUGUGUGUGUGUGUGUGUGUGUGUGUGUGUGUGUGUGUGUGUGUGAUUUUGUGAGCUGGAUGUGUGAUCGAGUGCCUCUGACACUACACAGUGAGAGAAGAUGAGGGUCUUUCUAUUGAGAAAAAAAAAAGCCUGCCGUGUGACAGGAGUUUGUACACUGUAAACUUUCUCAAGAGUUCUUCUCUUAAGCCCUUAUUUGUAAAUCUUCAAUUCUGGGGAAAAAUGAGUCAAUUCCAUUUUAGGAAAAAAAGAUCAAUAAAUUUGGAAUUUUGUUUGUUUGUUUCAGAGGCUGGAUUUGAGUUAGAACUCUCCAGGUUUCCCCAAUUAAUAGACUUUAAAGUGUUUUCAUCAGUUGUUGUUGUAUUCCUGUAUGUAAAGUCAAAAAGUGUGUGUGUGGGGGGGUAUUAUAUACAGAUCCGUAAAUAUAAAAAAAAACAACAACAAUGAAGGCUUUUUUUGUUAUUAAUAUUAUUAUUUCUCAUCUUUGUUAGUGCUUAGAUAUUUCCAUUUGGGAAACACUUCAUGAAUAUUUGAAUUGUUAAAUUGUUCUUUCAUUAGUGUGGCCAUAGUGAGUGAGUGAUGUGAUUUAUCUCUUUUUUGUUUUUUUUUUCUUUUUUUUUUUGAGAAACGAGUGUGAAUUCUUGUCCAACAAGAUGCUGGUGUGAGUGUGUUCCUUGUAGCAGCUGGGAGGUGAUGUCACUUAUCCAGUAGAAAAGGCCCCAGAUUGCACCUGACCUUAAGCAAGAAGCGGGGUCAAAUCUGCAGCGACAAACGUCCUUGAUGAAUCUUUCUUGUCUCAUUUUUUUUCUCUUGUAUUUUUAAGUUGUUGGGAUUUUUUUUUUUGUUUGUUUGUUUGUUUUCUUCAGAGGAAAUGUUGCAAGAUGAUUGGUGCUACAUUUCAGCAUAGUUCAGAUUCGGCCGGCUAGUGUUGAGCCGUCUGCUUGGUUCAUAUGCAGACGACACUCUAAACAUCACUAUAAAAGAUCAGUAACAGCAUCUGGGCAUCACUCAUUUUGCACAUUCCAUAUGCUGUCUGUGCCCAAUGUGGUGCAGGAAACCCUUCAUCCUACACUACAAACAAACAUUACAUUAAUUGCAGGUGCUUCAAAAUAGGGUACUGUACCUUCCAGCUGAUAAUAGGUAGUGUAUUUGGGCAUGGCUAUGUGUUUCUGUUGCUAUGCUGGGUGUGAAUGUAGCCUGUCUAAAAGCUCUUGAAACUUUCUGAAAUUUUUUAAUCAGUGUUCCACCCAUCAACAGCUUCAAGAUUUCAACCUUAUUUUAGAAAGUAUUAUGUCACUGAUCGCCGCGAUCAUCGAGAAACAAGACUUUAUGCAAGGAGGAGCUGUGGCACUCAUGCAAUAUGUGGUUUUCCUUUUCACUGAAUGUCACGCAUUCUGUAGGAUCGUACACACGCAGGCUUAAAGGAAACAUUAAGACUUCAUUUUCAUCGUACAUGAGCAAUAUACAGUACACCUUCCAUACGUUGGCUAGCUGCUAGUCACUUGGCAUCAGGUUGUUAUAAAACAUGAAAACCAGCAUUUUUACAGGAUGUAACAUUCACCAAAAGAAGACAAAAAAGAUAGCAAUGCAGUGCCUGUUCGAGCUGUCCAAGUGUCUGUUGUAUAUAAUUGUAAAAUGUGAUAGACUUACUUUCAUAUGUGACAAGAAAAACAUCACACAGAACAGAAUGUGGCAAACUCAUGCGGAAAAAUGCUCGUUAUCACUUCUUGAUGUUUUUGAAGCUUUUUUGUGAUUUAUUAAUUAUCAAAAUAUGUCAUCACACAAUGCCCACAUUAAGCUUGUUCAAAAUUUGAGAGGAAAUGUUCACUCUUUUUUCUUUUAUCUUUUUUUUUCUUUUUUAAUUUCAUUUAAUUUUAUUUUUUUUCCAGCAGGGGGAGUGGGGUGGGGGGUGCCAGUGCUACAUUAAGCGCAGUGAAACAAUGAAAUACUGUCUUUUCUUAAGGUUAGUCACCAGUUUUUUCUGCAGGGCUGAUUCAAUUUUUGGGUCUUGUGGCACUUUUACUUCCCUCUGCGCAAACGUUUCUACUUCAUGAAUCCUGGUGGAAUUAUAUAUAAUGAACAACAACAACAACACCAACAAAACAAGAUGUAAACAGUCUCCAGUAGUGAUCGUAGUUACACUGCAAGUGUGCAAAGGUCUAUGUAUGUAUCUGAAUGUACGUUUUAGAGAACUUUUUGGAAACCUUUUUUUUGUUUGUUUAUUUGUUUUUAUCUUUUCAUUGACAGUUUAGGAGCCACAGGUGUCCAUUGUGAACUGUAUAGCGAAGGCCUUGAUAUCCCUUCUUUAAUUGAUUUUAGAAAUGCCGAGCAUUAGGCAAUGCCUUCAAGCUGGUUACAUUUGGUGCAGGGGCUAAAAUUGCCACAAGAUUAAAAUCAGUGUAAAUAAAGGCUCAACUUUUUGUGAUUGUUACUGUUAUAUCCAGCCGAUACUGCUAGCAGCUGUUUUUACUGCAGUCAAUUACUGGAAGUGGAUAUAUUUCCUAUGCAAAACUGUUUAAACAAUAAAAUGAGCUAUGCUACAAAAACAA